AGCCCAACACAAACACCUCGGACGACAGCGAUCUGUCAGUGACAGCUCAAGCUUUCAGUUCAGCCAAUUCCCUCUCUUUACAGUAACCACCUCUCUCUCCUUCUCUCUCUUUCUUCGAUGGACUUCUCUCCCACCUCUCGCCGGGCUCGCAGAGUACCCGCCAAGCCCGACAUCUACUCCACCGUCGUCGUCCACGGCGACGAAGACGAACAACAACGCAAAUCCACAAACCCCAAAGCCGGUGACGAAGAAGAUCUAUACGCAACCAUGGUGCGUAAAAAAGACGAUCAAUUCGACGACGACUACGACGACGACGACGACGACGAUUCCUCUCUCCCUCCCCUCCUCAAACGCCUCCCCAAAGACUUCGGCGUAAUUGACGGCGACGACGACGAUUCCGGCACCAUCUCCGCCACAAUGAUCGUCAAAACCGAUCGCUCCAAUCGGAAUCGAUCGCCAUGGAAGCCUCGCAGUGCGAAUCAGGUGUCUCCGAGGAGGAGGAGAUUCGAGGAUGAGGAUGACGAGGAGGAUGAUGAUGAGAGAAGUGAUUUCUCGACGUUCGUGAUGAGAUCUACGGUGAGAGAUUGGGAUGGUGGAGAUUCGGGAACGGUGGUGAAGCGGACGAGCGGGAGCGGGAGCGGUGGCGGUGGUGGCGGUGGUUCGACGUUGAGUAUGGCGGUGGCGAGUAUGCAAGCGGUGGGGGAAGGGUUUGGGAAUCAGAGGAAGGGGAGUAGUGGGAAGUCUUCUUGGCAGAAUGAGGGAAGUAGGCAUGGGCAACAACCGAGUCAAGUGUCUUCGAGCUCGAUUCCCGAGUGUGUUAUCAAGGAAGAUCCUACUACCAAGUACGAAUUGCUCAACGAACUCGGGAAGGGCUCUUACGGUUCUGUUUAUAAAGCUAGAGAUAUAAGAACUUCAGAAUUGGUUGCUAUUAAAGUGAUAUCAUUGUGUGAAGGGGAGGAGGGGUAUGAAGAAAUUCGUGGAGAAAUCGAGAUGUUGCAGCAAUGUAGUCAUCCAAAUGUUGUCCGCUACCUUGGAAGCUACCAGGGAGAAGAGUACCUUUGGAUAGUAAUGGAGUACUGUGGGGGUGGAAGUGUAGCUGACUUGAUGAAUGUUACUGAUGAGCCUUUAGAGGAGAGCCAAAUAGCUUUUAUUUGUAGGGAAGCAUUGAAGGGUCUAUCUUAUUUGCACUCAAUCUUUAAGGUACAUAGAGAUAUUAAAGGUGGUAAUAUAUUGUUGACAGAACAAGGAGAGGUCAAGUUGGGUGAUUUUGGGGUUGCAGCACAACUAACAAGAACCAUGUCCAAGCGUAACACGUUUAUUGGCACUCCCCAUUGGAUGGCUCCAGAAGUUAUUCAGGAAAGUCGUUAUGAUGGAAAGGUGGAUGUGUGGGCACUUGGAGUCUCAGCAAUCGAAAUGGCAGAGGGACUUCCUCCUAGAUCGACAGUGCAUCCAAUGAGGGUAUUGUUCAUGAUAUCCAUUGAACCAGCUCCAAUGCUCGAGGAUAAAGAGAAAUGGUCCCUUGUGUUCCAUGACUUUGUUGCGAAGUGUCUCACAAAAGAACCACGCCUACGACCUACUGCAUCUGAGAUGCUAAAGCACAAAUUCAUUGAGAGAUGCAAAGCUGAACCUUCUGUAAUGUUGCCGAAGUUUGAGAAGGCAAGGCAAAUUAAAGCUUCGAUGGUUUUGGAAGCACAAAAUAUUGCUUCAGGGACUUCUGUACCAGGAGAUGGUGCAUUGGGAGGUUUGAAAGUGAAUGAAGACUAUGGAGACACAGUUCCAUCAAGGCCUCAUGAUGUUGCCGGUGGAGUUCCUGCUGUGAGUGGAACACAAAAGCAGCACAUUUCUGCUGCUGUGGAACUCUCUGGGGAAGGAGACUUUGGGACUGUAAUAGUUCAUGCUGGAGUUGAGAAUUAUAAAACAUCUACUCGAACACCAGUGCCCAAUGCAGCUGGAGUUUCACCUGAUUCCUGGCACGUUGAAGGUCCUUCUGUCAGUGGUGCAGGAGAUAAAUUAGUUGACCCCGGGGGCCAAAAUGCAGUUGGCGUCGAUGUAGAUAGCUUUCAGAGUAGAGGAUCACAACCUUUUGGACAGACCAUCCAAGCAUCUUCGCCUUCAAUGUUUGCCUCUCCUGAACUCCUCAAGGCAAAUAGCCUUUCUCAGGCACAGGUUGGAAAUAUUGAUGGCACGAGCAGCGGCCCAUUAAAGAAUGAAACUGUCAGUCGGAAAGCAUUAGAUAAGCUUUGGUCAAUAUAUGCGGCUGGUAAUACAGUCCCUAUCCCAUUCUUGAGGGCAACCGAUAUAUCACCCAUUGCACUGUUAUCUGACAAUGUGCUUGGAGGAUGGCAGCGGGAUAGUAGUGGAACCAUAGCUGUGGAAGCAGUGCAGGAGCUUUUUAGUGGGGAUGGACCUUCCAGAAAGGGCAGAAGGGGACAGAAUGAGGUGCCCCUUCCUCCAAGUGUGUACCAGAGACUCACUUCAAGUUCUACGCUAAUGAAUCUCACCCAAGCUUUAGCUUACCACAAAAUGUGUUAUGAAGAGAUGCCACUGCAGGAGCUACAAGCAACACAAGAACAACAAACCAUUCAAAACCUUUGUGAUACUCUUCGAACUAUUCUCCGUUUAUAGUUGAUCGCUCUUGUUUUCAAGUUAAACAAAAAAAUGUAUAUUUAUGACUUUUUGUCUUUAACCUUGUAUGUAUAUUUAUGAUUUUUUGUCUUUAACCUUGUUUUUCAUCUAUCAUUAGGUAAAUAUUGUUGUUAUUAUUACUUUC